AUGGGGAGAGGGAAAAUUGUGAUCCAGAGGAUCGAUGAUUCGACGAGUAGGCAAGUCACUUUCUCCAAGAGAAGAAAGGGUCUCAUCAAGAAAGCUAAAGAACUCGCUAUUCUCUGCGACGCCGAGGUUGGUCUCAUCAUUUUCUCCAAUACCGACAAGCUCUAUGACUUUGCCAGCUCCAGUAUGAAAUCGGCUAUUGAACGAUUCAACAAGGCCAAGAUGGAACCGCAACAACAACUAUUGAACCCUGCAUCAGAAGUCAAGUUUUGGCAGAGAGAGGCUACAACUCUAAGGCAAGAAUUGCACUCUUUGCAGGAAAAUCAUCGACAACUAACAGGAGAGCAUUUAAAUGGUUUGAGCGCGAAGGAUUUACAUAUUCUAGAGAGCCAACUUGAAAUGAGUUUACGUGGAAUUCGUAUGAAAAAGGAACAAAUUUUGGCUAAUGAAAUCAAAGAACUAUCCAGAAAGAAGAAUCUUAUUCAUCAGGAGAACCUCGAAUUGUCGAGAAAAGUACAACGGAUUCAUCAAGAAAACGUCGAACUACACAUGAAGGCUUAUGCAACGUCAAGCACAAAUGGAGUGGGACAUCGAGAGCUAGAAGAUGCAGCCGAUGAAUCCCAUGCACAGGUUAGACUGCAGCUAAGCCAGCCUGAGCAGUCCCAUUAUGAGACCCCAUCAAAGAGCUAA